GGUUAGCUUAGCUUCGUUAGCAACCUGCGUUAGAGUUGGCCUUGUAACGUUAAAGCUCAAGUUAGCUAACAGUAGUGAAGGUAGCGUUUAUAGUCAUCAUUUAUACCUGGUUUGAAGUAAUAAUAACACAAUGUAAUGGGUGUUUACGGCUUGUUCUCCACUUACGGAAACAUAUGGUUAGGUUGCGUUUACCCUCUGGCUAUAACUGUAAUCGGCUAACAAGCUGUUUGGGUUAAAGUUGAAGGUAUUUGCUUAGCUUUUGCUAGCAAGGUAAAGAAACUAACCUACCUGACCAUCAGAGUCAUCCACCAUAAUGUCCCUUUCAGUCUGGUAACGGCUUCCCUGACUCUGUGCAGAGGGAGGCAGCUGGAAGCUAGCUAGCUAGCUAGCAUGCAGCACUGGCCCGGUGUCUCCAGGAGGCGGCGCUGCUGAGAGGCGAGUGGUCGGUGCGGAGUGUUGGUGCCUACCGAGCCGGCCAUGGAUGACUUCAACACCAGGACCUACGGCACCAGCGGCAUGGACAACAGACCUCUGUUUGGGGAGACCUCCGCACGGGAUCGAAUCAUCAACCUGGCAGUGGGGGGAUUCACGUCUCUGGUUGUUUUAGUGACUGUUAUCAGUUCUUUUGUGUUCCCCUCAUUGCCUCCACGACCGCUUAAUGUCUUCUUUGCCGUGUGCAUCCUGUUAGCAUGUGGAUCCGCUUUAGUGCUGAUAUUCUGGUACCGGCAGGGCGAUCUGGAGCCCAAAUUCAGGAAUCUGAUCUACUACAUGCUGGCAUCCAUCUUGCUGCUGUGUCUAUGUGCCAACCUCUACUUCCACGAUGUCAGGUAAAGACGAGGAGGAGGAAGAAGGGAAGACAUGGCCUUGACACAUGGAAGGACUACAUGGAGAGACAGACUCAACACACACUAACUUGAAUUAAUUUUCUGCCUGACCGGCAGCAAACUGAAGGAUUCUUGGACCAAAACCAGUGAAGCGUAAUGGUUCCAGUGGGAUGAAAACUGUCAAGACUUGUUGGUGCUGAAACCUAAUGCACUGCACAAACACACCUAAGGUCACAGUGUAGAAAUCAUGAUGCACUGCUAGAGGCCAUAAAUCUGCCUGGAGACCCACUGCUGGAGGAUGAAACAGGUGUGUUUACACUCGUAUCCUGUUCACAAUGACAAGCAUUGGGUUUGGUAUGAUGAUGCAACAGUUAAAGGAAAAAUCUGCCCUUUUAUCCUGUUACUGUCGGUCCCAUCUCGUCUGUUUAAUGUUAGAUUUUACAUGUUUUUCUUUGCCCUCAAGUUGCUGAUUAACUUUAUUUAUAUCUUUAAACUGUCAGAAAAACGGGGGUAAAAUUGUAGCUUUCAGUCAUUUAUAUAAACCUCUUAAUCAUGCCGCAUAAUCAAGACACAAGCUGUGUCUCAUGUCAAGCAACACUAUCCUUCCUUUUUAGUUUAAUGGUGCGUUCAGGGUCAGAAAUGAUAAAAUCACAUAAACUGUACCGAUGAAGACGUGCCACUGCAGGGUGUAAAUAAUGAAAGCUAGACAAGUGCUGUGUCUGCCAAUGCCAAUUCCGUACUACUACAUACAAAUACUAAAGAGUAUGUAUUACCAAGUGUCAUAGUAUUUUGUUUUUCAGUUGAUAUUCAGUGUAAUUUACUGUUUUGUACUAGUGGGAUUUUAUACAAUACGUACGCCAAUUGAUGUCAAACUUCUCAACAAGAAAGCAAAUUGUUUUACCCAAGGUUUAAUACUUAAACCUUCUUUCUGGGGGGUUUCAAAAUCUUCCUCAAGCCAUCUUCAUCAUCAUCAUCAUCAUCUGCAAUUUAAAGUAUGUAGCAUGAAAAUGGGCCACAGUCGUACUCCACAGUUUGUAUUGUGUGGCUGUUAGAGGCAUUUACAGUAUGACUGAGAACUUAAAGUUUUGUAUUGAAGUAUUGGAAAGAAAUAUACCAUUAACCUUAAAAUGGAAGUUAAUCGUACAGUAUAUGGACAUAUUAAUCUCUUACAAUGAUUGCCAGUUUUCUGUUAUGUGAAGUUAAAGCAAUAAUCUUAAAGAUUUUCAUCGAAAUGUUUGUUUAGUCACCAUCUAUCCCAGAAUGAGGUAAUACAAUGGUGAUUGAGUCUAUGGCCCACUGAUGGAAGCCCAUGUAUUUGCAAUAUUACAAACUGGGUGUCUGGCGAUAUUCCCAGAAAAAAAUCAUAAGUAGUAGUCACAUAGUUAGUGAUGCAUUUUCCAUCACCCAGCAGUGGUUGGUCCGCCAGAGAGGGCAGCUAAUGCAACAGACUCGCUCUUCAACUCACUUGUGUGUGUGUGAAGCAACAUGCAGUUUUUUUCCAGUCUCUGCUAGCGUUGCAAGUAAACCGUUAGUACGGCUGAACAACAAAAGAAAAGAGCGAUGACUACAGACGAUGAACCUUAACCAGUGAAAGUGAGAUUCAUAAACACACCUGCAAUUACCGCUUAUCGCCAUAGGUGCAGCCAAAGACAACAAAACGGAGAUCUUCGAGACUAACUUCAAAGCUCUACAUGGGAUAAUUUGGCACAAUCGUGAGAGAGGACAUAAAACCGUCACUUUCUGUGCCACAAUUUCGUGCCAAUGAGAUAAGAUAAACCUCCUAAAGUCCCACAACGGGGAAAUGCGUCGUUAUAUCAACAGUACUGGUAAAAA